GGUUCGUGUGUCGGAACGGGCACAUGAAGUGUUCUUAGCACUUUGUGUGGUGACGGUCGAUCUCUAGCGAAACCUUGAAGAUAUUUUGGAUCACAUUUCGCCUGAAAGGGGCGCCACCACGAGUUCUAAAAAUUCGUGUAUGUACGUGCAAGUUGUGAAUUAUUACGAGUUGUGAUUUGUGCGAAUUUCAAUUUUAAAUCAUCAAAAUGUUCAGUGGAAUCGCAGACGGCGCGUUCCGAAGCAUUGGUGAGAAGACAUCGGCACUGUUCGAACGGAAGAAGAAGGAUGUAGAACAAAUCGCUACAGAAAAGGCGCAGGACGCCAGUCACGUCGUUGAAGACCAGGUCAAUAAGGCUGGAGAGUUAAUUAGCGGGGCACAGAAGUCUGCAGGUGAAGCUGCCGAUUCGGCUAACCAGGCGAGGAAUUCCGCCAUCGAUGCUUUGGAUAAAGAACUUUCCAAAGUGUCAGUAGCAGCCGGAGAAGCCAAAGACGCUGCCAGCAAGGCUGUGGCCGACGGCAAGAAAGUCAUUGACACCACGAAGGACACGCUUGCUACCACUGCAGAAAACACAAAGAAACAAGCCGAAUCCGCCGUCAACUCUGCGAAAGAAACUAUCGAUAAUACGGUGGAGGGCACAAAGACAGCGGCUCAAUCUACGCUGGACACCGGCAAAUCAUACAUUGACAGCGCCAAAGAUACGCUUGCUGGUACUGUAGAUAGCACUCAAAAAGCUGCGCAGUCGGCUGUCGAAACAGGAAAAACAUAUGCCGCGUCUGCUAGAGAUACUGCUCAAGCCUCGUUGCAAACGGCAUUGGAUGCCUCGAAGACGGCAGCGUAUUCCGCUUAUGACAUGGGCAAAUUUUAUUUAGAUAGUGCUAAAGAUACCGUUGCAAGCACUGUAGAUAACACUAAAAAGGCUGCCGAGAGCACAUUCGAAACUGGAAAAUCUUACAUCGAUUCAGCUAAAGACUCAAUAACCGGCACUGUGAGUUCAACGAUAGAUACCACAAAAAGCAUUGCAUCAUCGACAUUUGAAAAAGGCGCAUCACUCGUAGGAUCCGCUAAAGAUAACGUAGCCAGUACUUUAAAUGACACCAAAAAUGCUGCUGAAAGCACAACUGAAACAGGAAAGUCUUACUUCGAUUCGACAAAAGACGCUAUCACGGGUACCGUGAACUCAACAUUGGAUAGCACGAAAAGCGUUGCAGAAUCGGCUUACGACAAAGGCGCGUCACUUGUAGGAUCCGCUAAAGAUACCGUAGGCAACACUGUAGACGGUACCAAAAACGCUGCCAAAACAACUACUGAAACCGGAAAAUCUUACCUAGAUUCUGCAAAAGACUCGAUUACCGGUACCGUGAGCUCAGUCAUAGAUAGCACGAGAAGCGUUGCAACAUCGGCUUACGACAAAGGCGCGUCACUUGUAGGAGAUACCGUAAGCAGCGCUGUGAAUAGCACGAAUAACGCUGCAGAAAGCACAACUGAAACAGGGAAAUCUUACAUAGAUUCGGCGAAAGACACUAUUACUGAUACCAUGAGCUCAGUGGUAGAUAGUACAAAAGGCGUUGCAUCAUUGGCUUACGACAAAGGGGCGUCAUUUGUAAGCUCCGCUAAAGAUACCGUAGGCAGCACUGUCGAUAGUACCAAGAACGCUGCUGAAAGUACCACAGAAACCGGAAAAUCUUACAUCGAUUCGGCGAAAGACACUAUUACCGGUACCAUGAGCUCAGUGAUAGAUAGUACAAAAAGCGCUGCAGCAUCGGCUUAUGACAAAGGCGCGACGCUUGUAGAAUCCGCUAAAGAUACCAUAACCAGCACUGUAGACGGCAACAAAAGCAUUGGUGAAAAUACAACAGAAACAGUUGAGAAAUCUUACCUUGACUCUGCUAAAGAUUCUAUCGCAAGCACUGUAGAUAGCACUAAAAAGGCAGCUGAAAGCACAAUUGAGACCGGAAAAUCCUACGUCGGUUCGGCAAAUGAUAAGAUUGCCAGUACUGUGAACACGACUGUAGAUACCACAAAAAACGUUGCAGCAUUGGCUUUUGAUAAAGGUGCUUCAUUUGUAGGAUCCGCUAAAGGUACUAUCGCUAGUUCUGUAGAUAGCACUAAAAAAGUGGCUGAACGCUCAAUUGAUACAGGAAAAGCUUACGUCGAUUCGGCAAAAGAUAAAAUUGCCAGCACUAUGAGCACUACGGUAGAUACAACAAAAAGUGUAGCAGCAUCUGCUUUUGACAAAGGCGUGUCACUUGUAGGAUCUGCUAAAGAUACGGUAGCAAACACAGUAGAUACAACGAAAACUGCGGCAGCGUCAGCUGUUGAUAGAGGCUCAUCACUUAUCGGUAGUGCCAAAGACGCAGUCGCUAGCACUGCUCAAAACACACUUGAACUUACGAAGAGUGCGGCUGCGACGGCUGUUGACACAACGAGAAAUGUAGCUGGUAGCGUGGUCGAAAAGGGCUCAUCUGCCGUUGGUGUUGCUAAAGAUACUGUAGCGAGUACAAUUGAUACCACAAAGAAUGUAGCUGCUAGCGCAGCAGAUAAGGCUACAGCUCUAGUCGGAAGUGCUAAAGACACAGUAGCGGCUACAUUGCAAAGUUCCGUAGACACAACAAAAAAUAUCGCAGCAUCCGCUGUUGAGAAAGGUUCAUCGCUUGUAGGGAAUGCUAAAGAUACGGUAGCACAUACUGUACAAAGUACUGUAGAUACAACGAAAAAGCUGACGAGUUCUGUAUAUGAUAAGGGUGCGUCACUUGUUGGAGGCACUAAAGCCAAAGCUGAUCAAAAUGGUGUAGAUGCCUCUAUGGGAGUCUUUAUGUCAAUAACGCAGCAUAACGGUAGCAGAGACGCCAACAUAGAAGAUGCAGUUAACGCGACUGUAGAUGCCACCAAGAAAACAGCGGAAGAUGCAAAAGCGCAGGCUCGGAAGGCGGCUGAGGACGCUAAAGAAAAAGCGCGAUUGGCAGCUGAAGCUGCUAAAGAGGAAGCUAGGAAGGCGGCCGCCGACGCGAGUAAUGCCGUAAACAGUGCCGUAGACAACACAUUUAAGCGCGUUGAGAACGCUGCUGACGAAGGACUCAAGAAUGCUAGCCAAGUUGUUGACAACAAAAUCAAAGAUACGGACAAGUACUUGAACGAAAAGCGCGGGGAGCUGUCUUCAAACCUGUCCUCCGCUGCUAAUCAGGGUGCGGAAGGUGCUGCAGGACUUCUGGGCAAAAGCUUCGGAGCUUUUGGGCAUAAGUAAACUCGCCAAUUCACAAAUUUCUGAGAGAUAUUAUAAAUGGGAAAACUGCAUUUCCUGCUGUAGAAUAAACAUCCGCGUAGCCUUCUAUCUAUAUUAUAAUUGUAUGAUGAAAAUUUAUUACAAAAAAAGGUGUAAGUAUGUUGCGAGUUUUCCCUUGUCAGGUCACACAAACUUCGAUUUUUUUCACAAUAAAUUACACUUGCACAAAUUAUGUUCAAAAUUAUGUGUUAUUUUAGGAUUGCAGUACAAUUUUUAUUGAAUAUCUUUUUAAGUAUUUUGUUAAUCAAUAAAAUCAGUGUGAGAAAUCUAUUCACAAAGAAUUGCGCAAUGAAAAAGGCGUUAAGUCAAUAUAAUAAAUGUAAUUUGUUUGAACCUGGUUUGAACAUAAUGCCUAUUGCAAUCUCAUUUAUAUUAUUUAUUUAUUGACAUUUGUGUUGGUAUGUAAAUAUGUUUUAAUUUAAUUGUAAACCAACCAAUUUUGUUUCAUUUAUAUAAUUAAUUAUUAUGAUAUAAUGUAUAUUGCAUUUUAAUGGCAUUUUCACAAUUACAAUUUCAUCUAAAUAUUCAUAAAUGCUACUGUUACAAGCUUUGCAGACCGUCCUUUACAAGAAUUUAAGAUACUACUUUGGGUACAAAAAUUUAAUGCAUACCUACUAUUUAAAAAGAAACGCGUUUCUACAAUGUUAGACAGUAUGACAACUCGGCCUACGCGCAAUCGUGCCCUAGAUUAUUAAAAAAAUCUUAAAAUAUUUACUGCCGUAUUUUGGUGUUUAUUUACACAAUAAACUUACACUUAACAAAUAUAUUGUGUAUUUUGACAAAAAAUGUGCUUUCUAAAUGUUGCUUAUUACAAAGU